CUGAGCAAAAGAGUGGGAAGGAAAGGGAGAAAUCCUUCGAUUCGUAGCUUCACUCUCUCUUGUGCAGCCGUGCUUCUUCUUCGUCUCCUUUCGGGAAAGCUGCUGGGAUUAGGGUUUCUUCUUCCUGGUUCUUUCCUGUGUUUGCGUCCGUGCACCUGCGGUUGAGUUUUCUUUCUUCUUCGUCUUCUUUUCGUCGCAUCGUUGCGGGAUCCAGAAGGAGGAAGGAUGGACGUGAAUCUGAAUGCUCCCCACUCCAUGGGCACGACGAUUAUCGGAAUCACCUACGACGGGGGCGUUGUUCUCGGCGCCGACUCUCGGACCAGCACUGGGAUGUACGUUGCAAACAGGGCAUCCGACAAGAUCACGCAAUUGACUGACAACGUCUAUUUGUGCCGCUCUGGAUCGGCUGCUGAUUCACAGAUAGUUUCUGAUUAUGUUCGAUACUUUCUUGAUCAACACACAAUACAACUUGGACAGCCUGCUACUGUUAAAGUUGCUGCUAACUUAAUACGGCUUUUAUCUUACCAAAACAAAAAUAUGCUGCAAACUGGCCUGAUUGUUGGUGGGUGGGAUAAGUAUGAAGGGGGACAAAUAUUUUCUAUACCCCUUGGAGGAACUAUCCUGCAACAACCUUUUGCUAUCGGAGGAUCUGGCUCCAGUUACCUGUACGGUUUCUUUGACCAAGCUUGGAGGGAAGGGAUGACAAGGGACGAAGCUGAGAAUUUAGUGGUGAAGGCUGUGUCUCUGGCCAUAGCUCGAGAUGGAGCUAGUGGGGGAGUUGUGCGCACCGUCACUAUAAACUCUGAGGGCGUUGCAAGAAAAUACUAUCCAGGAGACAUCCUCCCACUAUGGCACGAGGAGAUUGAGGCAACCGGCUCUCUGCUGGAUUUGCUUUGACAUUCUAGUCCUGAGCCCAUGACCUCUUGAGGCUUUUUGGCUGCCUUCAUGGGUUUCGUGCUUAAGAAGUCAAACUCCUCCUCGGGUUAUUGAUCCUUCAGUUUCAUUGGUUGUCUUUCUACUUGUUCAGGACCAAACAGCCAUGUGUUACUCUUUUCUCUUCUUAGUGACAAAUGAGAUUGCUAAUACACUUAUUACUUUUGCCUAGUCUUCAGGCAACCAUGGGGAGGCCUGCAAGUUCUUACCGUUUUCUUCCAUGAGAUUUUAGGACGUGAUUUGUGCCCUUGUAUUGGGGAAAAAUCAAAGGAAUGCUCGUUCUGUUAAUUAAUUUUUUCUUGGUAUUUUGUGGCA